ACCUUCUUCCGGUUGCAUUUCCCUCACAUUAUUCAUGGCUCCAAUUCUCAAAACUCUCUUUUUUCUUCUCCUCUCCAUUAUCUCCACCCGUUCACACCAGCACCCAUUAGACCCACUAACGCCGAAAGAGCUAACCCUGAUCCAGAGCAUACUCCAAUACGCAUACCCUAACUCAAGCCACACCCUAGCCUUUCAUUACGUUGGGCUACAGGAACCACCUAAACCCCUCAUUAUUUCAUGGGUGCAAAACCCAUCCACCAGAGACCCACCGCGCCAAUCCUUUGUUAUUGCACGUAUAGACCAAAGUACUCAUGAAAUCAUAGUAGAUUUAUCACUCAACAAGAUCAUUUCUGAUCAAGUUUAUGAUGGUUAUGGCUACCCUAUACUCACUUUGGAAGAGCUUAAUGCUGCGCAUAGCUUGCCGCUUGUAUACGCACCGUUUCUGGAGUCCGUCAACAGAAGAGGUCUCAAAAUAAAAGAAGUGGUGUGUGGAAGUCUUAGUAUAGGUUGGUAUGGAGAAGUUAAAAUGAAGAAAAGGACUGUUAAGGUGACGUGUUACUAUUUAGAUGGUACUGUUAAUUUGUAUAUGAGACCAGUCGAGGGUGUUACUAUGACUGUUGAUCUUGAAGAUAUGAAGAUCAUAGGUUUUAACGAUAGAUUAACGGUGCCGAUGCCAAAGGCUGAUGGGACUGACUACAGAGAAACGAAGCAAAAACACCCUUCUGUGCAAUCAUUAAAAGGUAUCACAGUGGUGCAACCUGACGGGCCAAGCUUCACAAUUGAUGGACACAGGGUCAGAUGGGCGAAUUGGAAUUUUCAUGUAAGUUUCGAUCAAAGAGCAGGUCCAAUAAUAUCGUUGGCAUCAAUAUAUGAUGUUAAGAGGCAAAAGUUUCGUCAAGUAUUAUAUAAAGGGUUUGUAUCAGAGCUCUUCGUACCAUAUAUGGACCUUAACGAAGAGUGGUACUACAGAACAUUUUUUGAUGUUGGUGAAUAUGGGUAUGGUAUGCGCGGAGUGCCACUUGAGCCACUUAGAGACUGCCCUGAAAAUGCCAUUUUCAUGGAUGCCUAUUACGCUAACCAAAAUGGUAUACCUGUUAAGAUGACUAAUAUCUUCUGCAUCUAUAAAAAGUUAGCUGGUGGUAUUAUGUGGCGACACACUGAAACUUCAAUUCCAGGCAAAGUGGAAAGGGAGGUUAGGCCAGAGAUAAGCCUGGUGGUAAGGAUGGUGUCAACUGUUGGCAACUAUGACUACAUUAAUGAUUGGGAAUUUCUGCAGAGUGGUUCAAUCAAAGUUACAGUUGGGCUGACUGGUUUACUAGGUGUGAGAGGAACAGCAUACGCACACAAGGACCAAAUACACGAGGAAGUUUAUGGUACAUUAUUAGCAGAAAACACAAUGGGUGCACAUCAUGAUCACUUCGUCACUUACCACCUUGAUCUUGAUGUGGAUGGGGAUGCAAAUUCAUUUGUCAAGUCCAAGCUGCAAAAGACACGAGUGGCCAAUGACAAGUCACCUAGGAAGAGUUACUGGAGAGUUGUUAGUGAAACAGCUAAAACAGAAUCUGACGCAAAGAUUAAGCUCGGUUUGGAGCAAGCUGAUUUAUUAGUGGUCAAUCCCAACAAAAGGACUAAUAUGGGCAACUUCAUUGGUUACCGUCUGAUCCCUGGAUCAGUAGCAGGUCCUCUCUUAUCAGAGGAUGAUUACCCGCAAAUCCGAGGAGCAUUCACCGAAUAUAAUGUGUGGGUUACACCAUAUAACAAGUCUGAAAAGUGGGCAAGUGGACUAUAUGUUGAUCAGAGUAGAGGGGAUGAUACUUUAGCUACAUGGACCCUCAGGGAUAGGAAGAUAGAAAAUAAGGACAUUGUGCUGUGGUACACAUUGGGUUUUCAUCAUGUACCAUAUCAAGAAGAUUUUCCAGUCAUGCCGACAUUAAGCAGUGGAUUUGAGCUCCGGCCAGCUAAUUUCUUCGAGAGCAAUCCGGCGCUCAAUGUCAUACCACCUCAACCUGUCAAGGGCCCAAACUCCUCUUCAUUUAGCUCAAUUCAUGGUUCAAGAUAGUGUGGAUUUUUCUUCAGGAACACUGAAGAUUAUGCUAUCUUUUAUCGGAAGCCAUAUAAUCUUCUAUUGGCACUUGGCUUCCAUUGAAGGGCAGAGGGUGAAGCAGAGUAUUUUUCUUUUCGAAUCAUCUUCACUUGUACACUUGAAUAAGGCCCUUCUUAAUAAAUAUAAUAGACUU